AUGACCCUGGCCGUGGGGCUGGGGCUGUGUAGAAAAGAGCCUCGUGAACCUGGGAAAUCUGGGAAGCUAGGCAGGCUCGGCGAGCUCGGCGCUCUAUGUGCUUUGCACGAUGCGGGUCAAGGCCGGUGGUCUCGGGCCCUGCAGUGCGAAGGCCCAGUGAAACCAGCGAAGCGGAAGCUCACCGUGGCGGACUUGUUGGCGCUGAAGGGGAAGCGGCAGCUUGUCUUGACCACGGCUUUCGAUGAGUGGACAGCACGGGCGGCUGAACAGGCCGGGGUUGACAUGAUCGUGGCUUGGGGGAGCUGCCAGGAACACAGCAAGUUUGUCGUGGAGGCUGUACGCCGAGGGGCUCCCAAUACGCUCAUUGGAACUGGGAUCAAUCCGGGAGCUUAUGAGAGCCAGGAGAAUGCCUUGAAGCUUGCCAACGAGAUGAGAGCCGCCGGAACUGACAUCAUCUACUGCUCAGGCCUCGUCCCAGAGAAGUUUGCCGGACUGGCCAAGCAGCAUUUCCCAUGCUGCGGCCACGUCGGCUACCUACCUGCAAAUAACACCUGGUUUGGCGGACCCCGAGCCGUCGGGAAGACAGCCGAAGAGGCAAGGAAAGUCUACGAAGACGUCAUGGCCCUUGAGGCUGCUGGCUGCAUUGCAGUGGAGAUGGAGUGCGUCCCUGCCAAGGUUGCUGCAGAGAUUACCAAGCGCACAAAGAUGCUGGUGUUUUCGAUGGGUAGUGGGCCCGACUGUGAUGGCCAGUUCAUCUUUUCCGAAGACCUCAUAGGCACAAACUCUGGGCACUACCCCCGCCACUCCAUCACCUAUGCCAAUCUGAUGGCCGAUGCCGUUCGGGCUUUGAGCCAGUACUGUCAGGAUGUCCGACAUGGUGCAUACCCAGCAGCGAAGCACUGCAUCAAGAUGAAAGACGAGGAGUUCCUGCGCUUCAAGGACAGCCUCAGCUGA